UCAUUUCAUCCGUUGCUUACCUAAAUUUUCUUUUAGGCUGUUUCAUGUAUCACUCAUAUUCCAACCUCUCUCUCCAUUAUUAUUGUUAAUAAUAAUACUUAAUAACAAAAUUCAAUGUAUACAACAAAAUCAUUAUAUAUUAAUGAUGUCGAAUAAAAAAACUUAGAUUAUAGAAUUAUAAAAUACAUUAAAAAAAUUACAGUAAUAUCAAAAUUUUACAUCUAUAAAAUGAAAAUAGUAUCCACAUAGGCGUUUGCUUCUUCUUUUUAGGCUGUAACUUUAGAAAAGAAAUCACACUUGAUUGGUAAAAUUUUGAUGUAACUUUAAAUUUUAAAAUUAGAACUACAUAAUGAUUGGUUAGAUAUUUUACUUUAAACUCCAACCAAUCAACCACGUCAAUUUUAUUUCAUUAAACGUACAUGAAGUUAUUUGAAAUAGAUUUUGAACCGUAUUCACAUCAUUUUCGCCAACCUCGUCAAGAACACAAUGGCUUGCAGAGCGAGAGAACUUGUAUCGUUGUUUUUGUAUAAGAUUUGUAAUCCUAGAAGAUCAGAUUACAAAAUUGAGGAACAUGUGGGAGAAGAAGCAGAGGCAAAACUCAACAGGCUGAGAACAAGCACCCUAGUUCAUGAACUGGAAGCAGAUGCAGAACUCAAGAGGCUGAAAACACCUUUAAAGAAACCAGAAGCACAACUCAAUAUGUCUGAGGCAGAAGAACUCGAGAGUUUUAGAGCAAUCCUAGAGAGCAGUAGUGGAUCCUCUGAGAAGCAUAACCAAGAUUUUGUCCUUCCCGACGAUCUUGUACGUCUCAUAUUGCCCCGUCUUGCUAUGAAGGACAAUAUACGCUCUUCUGUUGUGUGCAAGACAUGGAGUGAAAUUGCUGCUGCCUCUGUCCGCCUUAAAGAUAAACCUUACUGGCUUAUGUAUCUUAUUACAUGUAAUAAUACCCGCGGGGGAGUCUCCUACGGUUUUUACGACCCUGUAGCGAAGAAGAAGACAAAGGCAAUGACUGUACCCGAGUUAUCCAUGGAUUCGAAAAUCUUUUGUUCCAAUGAUGGUUGGUUACUCAUCAAAGACUAUUCUCCACAUGGCAACCUUUGCUUCUUCAAUCCUUUUACCCGAGAGCGCAUAAACUUGCAUUUUCCUAAACACACGACAUUUGCUUUCACUUGUGCUCCUACAAAGAUGGGUUGUUUGCUGGUUGGUAUUGAAGGUUUCCCGGAUAGUGUUAGUGUAUACACCACCAUCAGCACUUGGCAUCCUGGUGCAGUUACAUGGGUACAUGAGGAGUUUCGUAACGAGAUUUCUUCUCACUCUAGGCACACACAAAACAUAAUACAUUCGGAUGGUCUCUUUUACAUGGCUACAGAAAUUGCGUUAGGGGUAUUCGAUCCAUCUGCGCGUACGUGGACCGUUCUCCCUAUGCAACCCAUCCUUGGCGUUGGCCCUCGGAUGAGAACAUUGAGGUGGAUGACUGAAUAUGCAGGACAGAUAUUUCUUGUAGAUGCAUCAUAUGUGGAGCCGGUGGUGUUUAGGCUUAACCAAGUGGAGUCGGUGUGGGAAAAGAAAUCAACACUGGAUGGCUGCUCAAUAUUUGUGAGCAAUGGGUCAUGCGUGAUAACCUCAGGGUCAAUGAGUAACAUUCUCUAUAUCUGGAAUAAUGAUAUCAACGGGAGGCGUCCAACCAAGUAUAUGUGUACCUUUAAACGUAAUCGCCCCUACAAGUAUUCUUUAUAUAACAGGAGUUUAUGUGAAGAUCCUGAAGGGUAUUACUUUGAAUAUCGGACAAGGAGGGAUAUAGAUGGUGUCUGGAUCGAGCCCCCCCAAGACGUCUCUAUCUAUGAUUUCUCCAUUAUUGAUCCCUCUGUUGCCAUAAAUACAUGUCUUUUUUUUUUGAAUUUUCAGCUUGAUCUAUUCCUCUUUAAGAUCUAAAGCUUUAUUUUUAUUGCAUCUUAUCAGAUAUGUUGUGUAUUGUGACAAUGAAGAGAUGACUAUGCUGUUUCUAUGUAACUAGAUACUUUUUUUGUUAAAAAUGGCUCUUUGGAUUUUGAUUAGUGAUGUUCAGAGAGGAGCAGCCACUUGUGUAGGACAUUUUCCUGGAAAUAGCAAUAACAUGUACACACACAGCUACUUCACAAGCACAAUCUAUCACCGUUGACUUUAGACUAAAGAUUUUUUAGUCAGUAAGACUUCACAAGCACACUAUACAACAAACAUUACAAGGAACACGUAAGAUCUAAAAUGAUAACAGAUGACUUAACAUAAGACAAACAAACUAGAAUAGUUACUUUGCAAAAAUAAAAACUGAACAAUUGGCCAUUCA